CCGGGUACUCUUCUGAUGAAGAUGGGCGAGGCGGGACGAUCAAGAGGAUGCGUCCGGUGAGAGAGACGCUGUGGGGGGGGGGGACUCGACUCGCCAGUCCUCUCGGUACGUAGCAGCGGCUGGAACGGAGUUACGGACCGAGCGAGAGGAACGCCGCGUAUGGCGAGAAUUCAACGCCACAACAACAACAGAUAAAUAUAAAAAACACGAGGAUGAGACGUUGCCUCUCUGCUUGAAGGACACUUUAAAAAAAAAAAAAAACAACGCCAUUUCGUUCAUUUUCGCCUGGCCUUUUUUUUUUACGCUUUAAACAAUGGCGAACGACUCUCCGGCCAAAAGCCUGGUGGAUAUCGACCUGGCAUCCCUGCGGGACCCUGCUGGGAUUUUCGAGCUGGUGGAAGUAGUUGGAAAUGGCACCUACGGACAAGUCUACAAGGGUCGGCAUGUCAAGACGGGACAACUUGCAGCCAUUAAGGUUAUGGACGUUACAGAGGAUGAAGAGGAGGAGAUCAAGCUGGAGAUCAACAUGCUGAAGAAGUACUCGCACCACCGCAACAUCGCUACCUACUAUGGCGCCUUCAUUAAGAAAAGCCCGCCAGGACAUGACGACCAACUAUGGCUGGUGAUGGAGUUCUGCGGAGCUGGGUCUAUCACAGACCUGGUAAAGAACACCAAAGGCAACACACUGAAGGAAGACUGGAUUGCCUAUAUCUCCAGAGAGAUCCUCAGGGGCUUAGCUCACCUUCAUGCCCAUCAUGUUAUCCAUCGUGACAUUAAGGGCCAAAAUGUCCUGCUGACGGAGAACGCCGAAGUCAAACUAGUGGACUUCGGCGUUAGCGCUCAGCUGGAUCGAACGGUGGGCCGACGAAACACUUUCAUCGGGACGCCCUAUUGGAUGGCUCCAGAAGUCAUCGCCUGUGAUGAAAACCCAGACGCCACUUAUGACUACCGGAGCGACUUGUGGUCCUGUGGAAUUACGGCCAUCGAGAUGGCUGAAGGAGCUCCGCCAUUGUGUGACAUGCAUCCCAUGAGAGCACUCUUCCUCAUCCCCAGAAACCCUCCUCCAAGACUCAAGUCCAAAAAAUGGUCCAAGAAGUUCUUCAGCUUCAUUGAAGGCUGCCUGGUGAAGAACUACACCCAGCGGCCGCCCACCGAGCAGCUCCUCAAACACCCCUUCAUUAGGGACCAGCCCAAUGAGCGGCAGGUGCGCAUCCAGCUCAAGGACCACAUUGAUCGCACCAAGAAGAAGCGAGGCGAGAAGGAUGAGACGGAGUACGAAUAUAGCGGAAGUGAAGAAGAGGAGGAGGAAGCAUCAGAGCAAGAAGGAGAACCAAGCUCCAUUGUCAACGUGCCGGGAGAGUCAACGUUGCGCCGGGACUUCAUCCGUCUACAGCAAGAGAACAAGGAGCGCUCAGAGGCGCUGCGCCGGCAGCAGCUCCUGCAGGAGCAGCAGCUACGAGAGCAGGAAGAGUACAAGCGCCAGCUGCUGGCUGAGAGGCAGAAGCGUAUCGAGCAGCAGAAGGAGCAGCGGCGGCGGCUGGAGGAGCAACAACGCCGGGAGCGAGAGAUGCGUCGGCAGCAGGAGCGUGAGCAAAGGCGGCGUGAACAGGACGACAAACGGCGAGCCGAUGAGUUGGAGCGUCGGCGUAAGGAGGAGGACGAGCGGCGGCGGGCCGAGGAGGAAAAGCGGCGGGCUGACAGGGAGCAGGAGUACAUCAGACGGCAGCUGGAGGAGGAGCAGAGGCAUCUUGAGAUCCUGCAGCAGCAGCUGCUACACGAACAGGCCAUGUUGCUGGCAGACGAGCGCUACCGGAAAAACAUCCAAGGUUCUCCUCAGUCAGUGCAGACCAAACCACAACAACCACCUGUUCCGCCACGGUCCGAGUCCUCCUACCCAAAUGGAAACGCUGAGGUCAUGCACCGGCCUGUGGAAGCACAGGUGCGCGCCAUAAAAAGUGGCGGCAACCUGCCUCCACCGCCUGCCACUGCCGUGUGUCGCUCACACUCCUUCAGCGAGCCUCACCAUCAUCCUCCAUCUUCAUCAUCCCCAUCAUCAUUGUCGUCACACCAUGCACACACUGACACACAAGCCCAACCCCAGACUAGACCCCACCAAGCAGUAGCGCCCCCUUCUGCAGAAGUACCACCCAGGGUCCCCGUCAGGACAACGUCCCGCUCGCCAGUGUUGCCGAGGCGAGACUCUCCUCAUCGCCAUGGCAAUGCGCCACACACCGGCCACCCUGUCAACCGCAACGCUGGCAGUGCGGCCGAGCCCCGGCUGCUGUGGGAGCGAGUGGAGAAGAUGCUUCCCAGAUCUGCGGGCAGCGCUAGUGGGUCUAGCGGAGGCUCAAGCGGUUCAUCUAGCAGCUCGUCCAGCAACUCCAGCUCGCAGGCCAGCUCCGGCGAGCGGUUCAGGCCCCGUUCCUCCUCCAAAUCAGAGAGUUCGCCCCUCCACAGGCCAGAGAACGCUGGGAAAACAUCAGAGGAGAGGCCAAGGCCGGGCAGACCAGCGCAGGACUUGACUGCGUUGGCUAAAGAACUCCGUGCGGUGGACGACAUCCGACCACCCAACAAGGUGACUGAUUACUCGUCAUCCAGCGACGAUUCGGAUACCACAGACGAGGAUGACGACGAGGAGGUGGACCAGGAGGGUGGCGAAGAGUCCACCUCAGGCCCGGAGGACUCCAGAGCUGUGUCGUCCCGGCUGAGUAAUGGCGAGACGGAGUCGGUGAAGACGAUGAUUGUCCACGACGAGGGCGAGAGCGACGUGGGCUCCACGCCGUGCAAAGACAGCACCCUGGUAGUCCGACAGAGCGAGCACAAAAAGAGGCCCGCUGGCUCAGCGUCCAGCCCGGGCCUCGCCCAGCAUGUCCCAAGCCCCCUUCAUCACCACCACCACCAACAACAACACCAUCAUCAUCAGCCACCGCAGGCUGAGCGGAACGGUUUCGCAGGCCGCAUCCACCUCCUGCCAGACCUGAUCCAGCAGAGCCAUCAUUCCUCCCCUUCCUCCUCCCCGUCCUCCCCAUCCUCUUCCUCCUCUGGUCUGGCCAGCCCCAUCUCGUCCCCACAAAGUCCCCUGGACAAGCUGGCCCUCCUCAUUGAGAGUCAGUCGAGCAACAACAUGCAGAAACACAAGUCUUCAUCGUCGUUCACGCCGUUCAUCGACCCGCGUCUGCUGCAAGUGUCGCCCUCCGCGGGCAGCGCGCUAAACAACGUCGGCUACGGCAACGACGCUCGUCUGGCGGAGGCCUUGAGGGCGGACCCGUCCCGCAAAGGUUCCGUAGUCAACGUCAACCCGGUCAACACACGUCCGCAGAGUGAUACGCCGGAGAUCCGCAAGUACAAGAAGAGGUUCAACUCGGAAAUCUUAUGUGCAGCACUCUGGGGCGUAAACUUGUUGGUGGGCACCGAGAGUGGCCUGAUGCUUUUGGACCGCAGCGGUCAGGGCAAAGUUUACCCGCUCAUCAACCGAAGACGUUUCCAGCAAAUGGAUGUGUUGGAGGGACUAAAUGUCCUCGUCACUAUAUCAGGUAAAAAGAACAAGCUGCGUGUUUACUACUUGUCGUGGCUGCGGAACAAGAUUCUGCACAACGACCCUGAGGUGGAAAAGAAACAAGGUUGGACCACUGUGGGCGAGCUGGAAGGUUGUGUCCACUACAAAGUGGUCAAAUAUGAGAGGAUCAAGUUCUUGGUUCUUGCCUUGAAGAACUCAGUGGAGGUCUACGCGUGGGCGCCUAAACCGUACCACAAGUUCAUGGCCUUCAAGUCUUUCGGCGAGCUGGUUCACAAGCCCCUGCUUGUAGACUUGACUGUGGAGGAAGGCCAGAGGUUGAAGGUGAUCUACGGCUCGUGCUCGGGCUUCCACGCCGUGGACGUGGACUCCGGGGCGGUCUACGACAUCUACCUGCCAACCCAUAUCCAAACGCACAUCCAGUCCCAUGCCAUCAUUAUCCUGCCCAACACGGACGGCAUCGAGCUGCUGGUUUGCUAUGAGGACGAGGGAGUCUACGUCAACACUUACGGACGCAUCACCAAGGACGUGGUGCUCCAGUGGGGGGAGAUGCCCACGUCUGUCGCCUACAUCCGCUCCAACCAAAUCAUGGGCUGGGGCGAGAAGGCCAUCGAGAUCCGGUCAGUGGAGACGGGCCACCUGGAUGGCGUCUUCAUGCACAAGAGAGCCCAGCGACUCAAGUUCCUGUGCGAGAGGAAUGACAAGGUUUUCUUUGCGUCUGUGCGGUCCGGAGGGUCCAGUCAGGUCUACUUCAUGACGCUGGGUCGAAGCAACCUGCUCAGCUGCCCUCGCUAACACUGGAUCUCAGAAGCCCACCACUUGGACAACCGCAAUUCCACCGGACCCGCGGACCAGGACUCCACGUACCCUUCCGCGACAGGAGGAAGGAGUCAAAUGUGAAUUCCCGAAGGAAAUCCCUGAAAAAUUUCCUGGUGCUCGUCAUCUUCGUCCUCGUGGUUUCUCCCGGACUUUGAACGUCUUCUAACUGUCGGAAAAGUUUUAACCAGUCCGUAAUUGUUUGUCAGUGCUCUUGUAUGACCGGGAUGAUGGAAGAUGAUGAUGAUGAUGAUGAUGAUGAUGAAGUUGAAGUGUGUUGUCAUGGAGAUACGUAAAGUGAAUGAGGCCUCUCUUCAGGCAGAAAGGACAAACAAGGACAAACAAGAUGGAUUCCAGUCAUAUUUUUUUCUUAAUCCUCCCACACGAGCGUGAAUAUUUGUCUUACCUUCUUUUUUGUUUUUAUUAUUAUUAUUAUUAAUAUUAAUAUGAUUAUUUUCCAAUGCACAUCCAAACCUUACCCCACCGUCUUGCUUGCUUCCACCCACAGAGGGCGACGUGCUGUCUGCACAGAAUGUGUGCUUACCAAAAAAAAAAAAAAAAAAAGUCAAUAAAGUUGUGUA